ACAAUGUCAUGCUAGCUUCAGGAGCUCAUUUCUUCACUAUAACUCGCGGUAAUUGUGCUACAAAAACUUUAGUUUCCAGACAUUGUAUUCUACUUGAACGAUAAGUUGCCAAAAAUGGCAUUCAUAACGGCACAUUGGGGCCUGGAUGGCAUAAUAGUUCUGACGACCCUUAUGAUAGCUGUCUAUCUUUAUAUGACGCGCAAGCUUAACUACUGGAAAAAACGAGGUGUUACGGAAGUCGUAUCACCAACACUAUUUCUGGGAAACUUCACGGAUUGCGUGUUGUUUAAAAAGUCUCCCGGAUAUUUGAUAAAGGACUUUUAUGACCGAGCAAAAGGACUGCCUUACGCAGGCUUUUUCAUCUUAAACAAGCCCGCCUUGUUGAUUCGCGAUCGGGAACUCGUCAAGAACAUUUUAGUGAAAGACUUCAGUAACUUUGAGAAUCGAUAUGGCUCUCCAGAUACGAAGGACCGCCUAGGUUACGCCAAUCUCUUCUUUAUUAACAAUCCAGCGUGGAAGAUCUUGAGAUCGAAAUUAUCACCAAUUUUCACAUCCGGCAAAUUGAAAAAAAUGUUCGAAUUGAUGCUAGUCUGUGCUCAAAAUCUUGACACGUAUCUUGAGUCCUUAAAAUUAGAAGGUAAAGGCAAAGAGCUAGAAACGAAAGACUUGGCCGCCAAAUUCGCUACUGACAUGAUAGGCGUCACGGCUUAUGGACUCAAUGUGAACUCGUUAAACAAUCCUGAUGCUGAAUUUCGAAGACAUGGCAAGAAGAUCUUCGAGUACAGCUACAUCCGCGGAUUUGAAAUGCUUUAUUUUUUUUUCCCAAGUUUAGUUCGUUGGACCCGUAUGAGAGUAUUCGGUAAGGAUUCCAGUGUCUUCCUACGUAAAGCCUUCUGGGAUACGUUACUUCAACGCAUAGAGUCUGGCACAAAAAGACACGAUCUCAUCGAUAUUCUUAUCGAACUCAAGAAGAAUCAUGUUGAUCAGGAUUUGAACGGAAUUAAAUUUGAUGGGGACGAUUUAGUAGCACAAGCAGCAAUUUUCUUCACUGGCGGUUAUGAAACUUCUUCAUCAACAGUGUCUUUCACUUUGUAUGAGCUCGCAAUGUAUCCCGAAGUACAGAACAGACUUAGAAAAGAAAUCCAUAAUGCACUCAAGGAAAAUAAUAAUAAAGUAACAUAUGAUAUGAUUAUGUCACUACCGUAUCUCGACAUGGUAGUCUCGGAAGUCUUAAGGAAGUAUCCGCCAUUGCCGUUUCUAGAUCGCGUGGCAGGAGACACCUAUAAAGUGCCGGACUCCGAUCUAGUUUUGGAGAAGGAUACGCCGAUUUAUGUCUCAAUGUUAGGUAUGCACUAUGAUCCGGAAUAUUUUCCUGAUCCGGAUAAGUUUGAUCCUGAACGAUUCAAUGAGGAAAACAAACACAAUAUACCUUCAUGCGCCUAUUUUCCGUUUGGAGAGGGUCCACGCAUAUGUAUAGGCGCUCGUUUGGGACUCUUACAAUCAAAAUUGGGGCUCGUUACAAUCUUGAACAAAUACGAAGUUACACCGUCAAAAAAGACUUUGAUACCAAUGGUACUUGAUCCAAGAGGAACCACGACAACGGCUCUCGGUGGCGGAGUGUAUCUCAACUUGCGAAGAUUGAAUAUUAGUACUUAGUAAAAUUCAUAAAAUAAUUUUAUUAUCUUUAUGUUACCGAUAUAAUAUGCUCAACAUUUUAAAUACAUAAUUUUCACUAAA